AUUCCUUGUGUUAAAAUAUCAUUUAAAGGAAAGUGAUUAUAGUUCAGUACGCAGAUCGAUAAUGUAAUUUCUUCAAUAAUAACAUGUAAUGCCCUACUGUUUACAUCGAUUCGUCUGAAUUUCUCGUUCUACGAUUCGUAAAUAUUAUUAAAUCUGAAUUAGUUAGUCCGAUAUGUUGUAACAUAAAUUUAAUACAGAAAGAUCAAUCGCUAACGAAUUUAUAAUCGAGCAAGAUGGAACCAAGUGAAAAGUUCAACUGUGGUGUCAGAAUAAAAAGAGAACCCGCGCGCGUCGAUGUGUCAUUUACUGAUAAUGAGUACGAUAUCAUUGACACGGCACUCGACGUUAAAGAUUUUCAAUUCUUCAAAUUUUCGCAGAAAAAUCCAGUACAUAUGCUUCAAAAGUUUGACGAAAAUCUCGAAGUUGAACUUGACGAGUUGGCAAUCGAGUUUGAAUGUUAAUAUAUGAAGCUCAACGUGGAUUUAUUAGCAGUUGCGAAAAUUGAAAAUUGUUCUCAAAAUAACUCGCCGGAUAUGAAAAAUAGACACGAUUAUCAAACUCAAGACAAUAUUAAAAUAGAAACUUUGGGAGCAGUAAAAAAUGAAUCAUUUGUGGACGACGCAAAACAAUUGAAUAUGGAUUUCUACUGUGGUCUCAGCGAGCCAAGUGAGGAAAACAGUGUCACAAAAGAGUUGAUCGAUGACCAUAGACUCGAAACGCAAACCAUAACGACGCGUAGUAGUACUGACAUUGCAUGCGAGAUAUGCAGUAAAAAAUUCUCAAGGAAAUAUUGUCUCAAAAGUCACAUCGUUUCGGUGCAUAAUGGUGUCACCCACGCAUGUGAUAUAUGCGGUAAGACAUUUUCAACGAAGGGUUAUCUAAAAAACCACCUCGACUCGAUGCACAAUGGUGUUUCAAAUGUUUGUGAUACAUGCGGAAAGUCAUUUGCUGCUAAAAGCUAUCUCAAAGUUCACAUCGAUUCGGUACAUAAUGGUAUUACUCACGCGUGUGAUAUAUGCAGAAAGAAAUUCACUGAAAAGAACAAUCUCAAAAAACACAUCGAUUCGGUGCAUCACAAAAUCACUCACGCAUGUGAUAUAUGCGGAAAGUCAUUUACCCAGAAAGGUAGUCUGAAAACCCACAUCAUUGCGGUGCAUAAAGAAAUCAAACAUACAUGUGAUUUGUGCGGAAAGAUGUAUACUCGAAAGGUUUUUUUCAAAAGACAUGUAAAAUCUUCCCAUGAGGGUAUCAACUACGCAUGUGAUAUAUGCGGCAAGGCAUUUAAUGAUAGCAGCUAUCUAAAAAUCCACAUUGACGCAGUGCAUAAAGGUAUCAAACAUUCAUGUGAUUUAUGCGGAAAAAUGUAUAAUCGAAAGAGUGAUCUCAAAAGACAUGUAAAAUCUUCUCAUACGGGUAUCACUCAAGAAUCGGAUACACGUGGAAAAAUAUGUGUGAAUCCAUUUGGUCUCCGACAACAUGUCAAAUCAUCGCAUCCAAGUUAUAUCUAUGCAUGUGAUAAAUGCGGUAAGUCAUUUUCACAAAAGAAAAACCUUAAAGCCCACAUGGUUAUGGCCCAUCACUGACGCA